UUGGUAAUAUAUUAAUUCCCCCAAAAAUAAACACAUCUCCUCCACUCUCUCUCUCCUCCACUUUCUCUCUCUUCCCUAAUCUCUAUUUCCAGAUCGAACUCGCCUCUCCCCACAAAUGCCUUUGUCACGUUCCCUCCUUUCGCGGAGGUUCUCGAUUUCCUUCAGAGAGUCCCAAGGAGGGAAGACGCCCCCCGAGGCCGAUUCUCACCAACCACCACCGCCACCGACGACGAAGAUGAUGCUUCCUCCGCCGCCUUCGAACGGGGCCGCGGGGUCGUCGUGGUCGGCGAUGCUCCCUGAGCUGCUGGGGGAAAUCAUACGCCGCGUGGAGGACAGCGAGGACCAAUGGCCCCACCGCCGCGACGUGGUGAGUUGCGCCUGCGUGUCGAAGAAGUGGAGGGAGAUCGCGCAGGAGAUGGUUAGAUCUCCGCUUAACUCCGGCAAAAUCACUUUCCCUUCUUGCCUCAAAUUGCCAGGUCCAAGGGAGUUUUCAAAUCAGUGCCUGAUAAAGAGGAACAAGAAGACAUCAACCUUUUACUUGUACCUCGCCCUCACACCAUCAUUCACUGAUAAGGGGAAGUUUCUUCUGGCGGCACGAAGGUUCAGGACCGGAGCUUACACUGAGUACAUUAUAUCACUUGACGCUGAUGAUUUCUCACAAGGAAGUAAUGCCUACGUUGGUAAACUAAGAUCGGAUUUUCUUGGGACCAACUUUACAGUAUACGAUAGCCAACCACCACACAACGGAGCCAAACCCUCAAACGGCAAAGCCAGCCGCAGAUUCGCAUCAAAGCAGAUAAGCCCACAAGUUCCAGCAGGCAACUUCGAAGUGGGUCAUGUCUCAUAUAAAUUCAACCUAUUGAAAUCAAGAGGUCCAAGAAGAAUGAUAAGCACACUCCGUUGCCCAUCCUCAUCACCUCCACCACCAUCAUCAUCAUCCACUGACCACCAAAACCCAUGUGAUGUUGUCACCAAGAUCAUGAAGAAACCCAACAAAGACGGUUCAGGGUUGACGAUACUAAAGAACAAAGCUCCGAGAUGGCACGAGCACUUACAAUGCUGGUGUCUGAACUUCCACGGAAGAGUGACCGUUGCUUCGGUCAAGAACUUCCAGCUGGCUGCGACCGUUGACCAGAGUCAACCGGGUGGUAAAGGUGAUGAAGAGACAGUGCUGCUUCAGUUUGGUAAAGUUGGAGAUGACACGUUCACCAUGGAUUAUAGACAGCCUCUGUCUGCUUUUCAGGCUUUUGCUAUCUGUCUCACGAGUUUCGGCACUAAACUUGCCUGCGAGUGAAAGAAAAGUGUAAUGUUUUGAUGUAAAAUCAUGUGUUAAAAGGUUUGUGGAAGGAGAAGCACAUAAUAAUAUCUAAGUAUGAAAACAAAAUUGUAAUUUUAAUGACCCAAAGUCGAUAUGUAUUUGUGUGUAUCAAACAAGUAAUAAAAGAGGAAUAAGAGCUUCA